AUGGUACAACCUCCUUCUAUAAAGCGUAAGGCUCUUCCUGCUGCUACCUAUUGGAGCAAGCCUCUGAUUGGGGUGAUUAAAAUAAACUGUGAUGCCUUCGUUAAGGACACAACCAAGCUAGGGGUGGUAGUAAGGGAUGACAGGGGCGCCAUCAUUGCUGCUGCUGUAAGGAAAGGGGGAGAUGGUUGGUCUGUUGAGGUAGCAGAGGCUGCAACAAUGGCUUUUGGCUUACAGAUAGCGAGAAGACUGGGGUAUACAAGGAUCCAAGUGGAAAGCGACGCAUUGAAUGUGGUUUCAGGGGUCAAGCUCAAGGCUAAUGGAUGCUCUCCUUUCUUCCUUAUAAUAGAUGAUAUUAUAGCUCUCUCUUUAUUGUUUGACUUCUUUUCCAUUUCGCAUGUUAGAAGGUCAGGAAAUACUGUAGCCCACUUAGUGGCAAGGUGGGAAACAAAUAACUGUGAUGAGUUGGUUUGUUUUGGUCCGUUUCCGCAAAGCUUAUUGACUUUGGCGGAACUCGAUCUUUCUUAA